AUGAAAGUUUCCAUCUUUUUUCGGUGGCUUCAUCCAUUUCGAUAUGUUCUUGCCGGCACUCUUGACUACAAAAUGCUGACCCCAUUUGAAGUGGCGGAGCAAGUGGUGGCCCGGCGGCGAAGAGAGCGUGUAUUAAGGCUGAGAAAGCUGAUGGAGUACUUAGAAACCAUGUUGACACAGAGCUUUGAAGCCGUGGAUGGCCGUGGCUGCAUGAAGGCCGACGGAGUUUUGGGUGGGUCCAGGUCCGGCACUAUCCGCCUCCAAGCAGCCAUGAAUAAGUCUUCACUCGCCGGCUCGAUGGAG